CGGCAUGCGCCUUCCAGCUUCAGCCUGGAAGAGAUUGACCCGACCGGCACGCUGGCUCGAAAUUGGCUCGAGUUGCACCAAGCACAUGGACGCUUGAGGAGAACGCCCAGCCGCAGCCAGCUAGCCCGGCGCUUAAACACCCGACGCCGCCCGCUGCAAUGUGCGCGCCCCUGUUGCGGCGGACCGUCGUCCCUCGAGUUGUCGCCCUCCCGACUGUUGGAGCCUCCGCCCUGUGGAACGCGAUAGCGUCACUCCCAGUAUCAACAGCCCCGCGUGCAUCGAAAAUCACCCUCCGCCGGCUUACACAUCCACAUCAUAAUCGCUCCCCGCGUCACCAGCCAUUAUCAGCGUUAUCUCGUCCGCGGCCGAAGCGAGCCAUUGUCCCGCCCUCCCGGAAGCACGGAGAUCAAAUACGCUUUUUCCAAUCCUGCAAGCACUUGGGAAGCGAGCGCCAGCAGCAUCAACACCAACGCCCACGCACCAUGGUCCACAGUGCAAACCCGAUUCCAGCUCGCGUUGAGAACACGGUCGUCCCCGGCGUUGAGGACACGGUCAUCCCCGGCGGUCCAAAAUCAAGCCUGGACGGGCCGUUUAUGAAGCCCACUACAGCCGACGGCCUCGUCAACUUGUCCCCUCACCACGAAGACCAUCUCCCGGGGGGAAUUUUGGAGACGGACGAGGAGAGGGAGCGCCGCUGGUUCGUCGGCAGCAUCGACCAGGGCACCACGUCGUCACGCUUCCUUAUUUUCAACGGCGAGGGCGACCCUGUCGCGAGCCAUCAGCUAGAGUUUGAGAACCUGUACCCCAAGUCAGGAUGGCACGAGCAUGAUCCUCUCGAACUUCUACGCUCCGUCGAGGAGUGCAUUGACGAGGCCGUGCGCAAGUUUGUCGACCUGGGGUACUCGAUAUCCGACAUCCGGUCGAUCGGCAUCACGAACCAGCGCGAGACGACAGUAGUGUGGGACAGCGUCACCGGCGAGCCCUUGCACAAUGCCAUUGUCUGGCCCGACACCCGCACACAGGCGCUCGUGCGCGAGCUCAAGUCGCGCGAGUCAUCAGAUAGCCUUUUGGACCUCUGCGGUCUGCCCCUCUCCACGUACCCCAGCAGUGUCAAGUUGCUCUGGCUCCUUCGAAACGUAGAUUCCGUGAAACAAGCGUAUGAGGAAGGCCGGCUCGCGUUUGGAACCGUCGACUCCUGGCUCAUCUACCGGCUCAACGGCGGUGCAAAUGCCGCCAAGCCCGUCCAUGUGACCGACAGCACUAACGCCAGCAGGACUAUGUUCAUGAACCUGCGCACCCUGCAGUACGACGACAAGCUGCUGGGAUUUUUUGGCAUCGACAGGACCAAGGUGCAGCUGCCUAAGAUUGUGCCGUCAUCAGACCCCGAGUGCUUCGGGAAGCUCGCCAGUGGGCCGCUGGCGGGCAUCCCCAUCGCCGGGUGUUUGGGCGACCAGUCUAGCGCCCUGGUCGGCCAGUGCGGCUUCAGUCCGGGUCAGGCCAAGAACACAUACGGUACUGGCUGCUUCCUCCUGUACAAUGUCGGCACCGAGCCCGUCAUCUCCAAGUACGGUCUUCUGGCCACGGUAGCCUACGACUUCGGGCGCGGCAGGAAACCAGUGUAUGCCCUCGAGGGGAGCAUCGCCGUCGCCGGCGCUGGCGUCAAGUUCCUCAUGAACAACCUCGGCUUUGGCACUCAAUCAAGCGACAUCACCUCCCUGGCCGAAUCAGUGCCGGACAACGGUGGCGUCGUCUUCGUCACAGCCUUCAGCGGCCUCUUCGCUCCGUACUGGAUAGACGACGCCAAGGGCACGCUCUUCGGCAUCACGCAGCACACGACCAAGGCGCACAUCGCGCGCGCCACGCUCGAGGCGACCUGCUACCAGACGCGCGCGAUCCUCGAGGCCAUGGAGAAGGACUCGAACCACAAGCUCGAGUCGCUCGCCGUCGACGGCGGCCUGUCCAACUCGGACCUGUGCAUGCAGACGCAGGCCGACGUCUGCGGCAUCCCGGUCGACCGCCCGCGCAUGCGUGAAACCACGGCCCUCGGCGCCGCCAUCGCCGCCGGCCUGGCCACCGGCGUCUGGCGCGAGCUCGACGACCUCAAAGAGGUCAAUCGCAACGGCCGCAAGGUGUUCCUGCCGCAGAUGGACAAGGCCAAGGCGGACAGGUUGUUCCGCAAGUGGGAGCAGGCCGUGGAGAUGAGUAGGGGGUGGGUCAGGGAGGACAAUUCUGAUUUUGAGUAGGUGGUAUGUGCGUGUGUGGGUGUUUGUGUGUUUUUUUAAGUUGUUGUUGCAUGGCGAGCG